AUGAAUAUCCUUCGUGGCUCAUGCCCCGAACGUAUAGGACCUUAUGUGCUUGGCGAUUCGAUCGGAAUGGGUACAUCCUGCAUCGUCGUCAAGGCUACAAAUUCAGAAACUCAAAAAACUUAUGCAAUAAAAAUUGUUUCCAAAAGGUAUUUUCAUAACAAUCAACAAGUAAUUCAUUUCCAAUCAGAAGUACAAAAUAUGAUGUCAUUAUGUCAUCCAAAUAUUGUUACUCUCUAUGACUUAUUAGAAGAUUCAGUAAAUUAUUACAUGAUCCAAGAAUAUUGCGGUAACGGUGAUCUAAGUUCUUACAUAUCAAAGAAUCAACCCCUCCCAUUAGCUCAAGCUUUACAGCUCUUUCACCAGAUAUUGUCUGCCGUGGCCUUUCUUCAUUCGAAUAAUAUAGCCCAUAGAGAUAUAAAGGCAGAAAAUGUUUUAUUAGAUGAAAUGCUAACCCCUAAAUUAGGCGAUUUUGGAUUUUCUUUGCACGUCCGAUCAAACGAAAUUAGAAGAACAAUAUGCGGAACCUUUUACUAUAUUGCACCAGAAAUCCUUCAAGGAUCGCCUUACAAUCCAAUUCUUGCAGAUAUAUGGAGUUGUGGCGUAUUAUUGCACGUUUUUGUUACAGCGCAGCUUCCUUGGAGUUGUGAAAAUCCAAAGCUUGCCAAAGAAGAGAUCCUCAAAGGGCAACUUUCUAUCCUGCCGGACGUUCCAAAAGAUGUACAAGAAGUGAUAUUAUUGAUGUGUGAUUUUAAUCCUCAGAAUAGGAUGCCAAUAGACACAGUUCUUGCUCUCCCAUUGCUAAAGAGAGUUCAAUCUACAAAGCACGUCCAUAAAGGAUUUUUCAGAAACAAAGCCGCAUUUACGCUAAAUAAAUACAAUGAUUUACUGUCGUCUGCACCAUUACCUUUGGAUGAAAAAGACCACGAUGAAAUUACAGACAUGCUUAAAGAAUGCAACCGUAAAAUUAAAAAGAAAGCAAAUCAGCUUCAAUCAAACGCGAUACUGACAAUCAUAUCGAAAGGAUCUUCUAGAAUCAAAGUUAGAAGCCGUGCAGAUUCACCUUUCAUGGGUCCACUUUUUGUCCCAGGUUGGGAGAAAAUGUAG